UAUGGAACUAAAGCUUUCAGUACUAAUUACAGAGUGAAGCCAACGACAAGUCCCACCUCCCACCCCCACCCCCUCGCAUAGAGUGAGGAUUUCUGAGCUCAAAAAUGGCGAAGGACACUUUUAGAUAUGAAAUUUACUCUUUAAGGAUUUCGUUGUUUGGGGUUUUAGGUCCUCAUUUGAUAGCUGAUGCAAGUUGUUUUUGCUUGUAGUGUUGUUUGUACUGCUACUUUUCGAUCUAGCUGUUAGUUUGUUCAAUUUCUUCAGAUCCGAACGGUGUUUGUUUUCAUUGGCGUCAAGUGAUGUUGGACUUGUCAAAGCUACUGUUCUUCCCGUGUUGUGCUAGGUUAUCAAAGAGGGGCCAGUCUUUGAAGCUGAAGAAUUUAACCAUUUUAUUUUUUUUCUUGUGCAUCACUAAUGCUGAGUUGCCUGAUGAGCCAUUUGAGCAACAACCUGUUACUCCAGUCAAUAAACCUGUUGAAGCACCUGGCCUACCUGAUCUGCCCCUGCCAGCGAAUGUACCUGGUUUUCAUAGACAGCAUAGGAAACAUUCUCCUCAUGGUGCGCCAUGGCUUGGGCUAGCUCCAGCUCAGCCUCCUGAUUACGGUCCUUUAGUAACUGCUGCGCACGCUCCUUCCAGUUCCAGCUUGUCGAAGCCAUCAAUGAAGAAAAAUGGAUUGGUGCCUCCUAGUGCUGGCCUUGCACCCCCUCAAUCCAGUCCUAGUACUCUACCCACUGGUUUGGUUCAGCCACCACUUUCUCCUCACACUUCCAACUGUUGUGGACAAGAUAUGGUGCUCAAACGAGGAAGCCUGGACUGCGAGUGUGUUUACCCGUUAAAGAUUGACCUUCUUCUCUUGAAUGUCUCAUCAAAUCCUAAUUGGAAACUUUUUCUAAAUGAAUUUGCUUCACAGCUAGGUUUAAAGGUGUCUCAAAUUGAGCUGAUUAACUUUUAUAUGGUGGAUCUUUCAAAGCUAAAUAUAUCCAUGGAUAUCACACCAUACAAGGGAGUUAGCUUAUCAUCUGAUGAAGCUUCAGCUGUAAACGCUUCAUUAUCAAUGCAUAAGAUCCAACUAGACCCAACACUAGUGGGUGGAUACCAAUUGCUCAACAUUACCUUGUUUAAGCCACCAGUUUCAUCACAAGCUCCUCGUUCUGCUAUGUCACCAGUUUUAGCAGCUCCGCAUCUUCCUUCAGCUCCUGCAGUAACAGUAUCUUCACACAAAGGGAGACAUCCGAGUUUAAUUCUUAUUGUUGGGAUUGUUGCUGGCAUCUUAAUCAUCACUAUCAUAUCAACACUCUUUAUUUGUUUCUGUGGAUCUAAUCAUGGACAGAAGAAAGGCUCCCACAAAGAAGCUGAAAAACCAAUGCGUGUAGAGACUGUUCCUGCUCAGGGAUCAUUUCCCCAUCCAACUAGUACACGGUUUCUUCCAUAUGAAGAACUGAAAGAAGCUACAAAUAACUUUGCACCAGCUAGUAUACUUGGAGAGGGCGGCUUUGGCAGAGUUUACAAGGGCGUGCUUAGUGAUGGUACUGCUGUUGCAAUAAAAAGACUUACUAGUGGAGGCCAACAAGGAGGUAAAGAGUUCCUAGUUGAGGUUGAGAUGCUUAGUAGGCUGCAUCACCGUAAUCUUGUGAAGCUUGUUGGUUACUAUAGCAGUCGGGAGUCCUCACAGAACCUACUAUGUUAUGAGCUUGUUUCAAAUGGAAGUUUAGAGGCUUGGCUUCAUGGCCACUUAGGAUUAAAUUGCCCUCUGGAUUGGGACACAAGAAUGAAAAUUGCGCUUGAUGCAGCGAGAGGACUUGCAUACUUGCACGAAGAUUCUCAACCUUGUGUUAUUCAUAGAGAUUUUAAGGCAUCAAAUAUAUUGCUCGAGAACAACUUUCAUGCUAAAGUUGCUGAUUUUGGCCUUGCAAAACAGGCCCCAGAAGGCCAGGCUAAUUACCUCUCAACUCGUGUUAUGGGCACAUUUGGGUAUGUAGCCCCUGAAUAUGCCAUGACUGGGCAUCUACUGGUAAAAAGUGAUGUGUACAGCUAUGGGGUUGUCCUCCUUGAACUGUUGACAGGAAGGAGGCCUGUAGAUAUGGCACAACCGUCAGGGCAGGAGAAUCUUGUCACUUGGGCCAGACCAAUACUUAGAGACAAGGAUCGUUUGGAAGAACUUGCUGAUCCAAGACUUGAGGGGAAGUACCCAAAGGAGGAUUUUGUGCGGGUUUGCACAAUUGCAGCGGCUUGUGUUGCUCCUGAAGCUAGCCAAAGGCCUACAAUGGGAGAAGUGGUUCAAUCGCUCAAAAUGGUUCAGCGAGUAACAGAGUACCAGGAUACUACUACUAUAAAUUCAGGUGCUCGACCUAACUUAAGACAGUCAUCUACAACCUUUGAAUCAGAUGGUACCUCUUCUAUGUUCUCUUCUGGUCCUUACUCUGGUUUGAGUGUCUUCGAGAAUGACGUUUCUAGGGCAGCUGUAUUCUCAGAAGAUCUUCAUGAAGGAAGAUGAACAUUGUUGGUGGAAGGCCUUCCAAUGCUCUGAUCUUUCCAUCAUAAUGCAGCAGAAGGGGAGAAUUCGAAAGUGGGUUGGCAGAAGUGAGACAGACCCUGCACAGUGGAUCUGCCAAUGCUUUGGAGAAUCUAUUGGUUUCUUUCAUCCCCUGUAGAGAUCCCACUGUUCAAUUUUCCCUGUAUGGCCAUUCUCUACUUGUUGGAUGAGAGCCUGUAUAUAUGUAAUGGGUUGAUAUUUGAGGACAGUGGUUCAGUUGAAGUGGGAUAAAAGUUGAAUUUCUUCUCUUUUUUUUUAUCUGUCUGACGCCCCUAUUGGCUUGUUGUAAAUUCCUCUUGCUUA